UAUGGUAGCCGAGAGUUGAGUGUGCGUUGGAAGAGUGGAGUAGUGUUUGGUGUGCCCACAUGACAUAAAAAAAUGGAAGCUGGUGCCGGGGCUGGGAGUCGAACAACAAGGUUUAUGAUGGAAGGCGUGGGUGCUAGAGUUAUCAGAGGACCAGACUGGAAAUGGGGAAAACAGGACGGUGGGGAAGGACACGUAGGAACUGUUCGAAACUUUGAAUCACCAGAAGAAGUAGUUGUCGUGUGGGACAAUGGAACAGCAGCGAAUUACCGAUGUUCAGGAGCGUAUGAUUUACGGAUUCUGGAUAGCGCCCCUACAGGUGUAAAACAUGACGGUACCAUGUGUGAUACUUGCCGCCAACAGCCAAUUUUUGGAAUUCGUUGGAAAUGUGCGGAGUGUGGUAACUAUGAUUUGUGCUCGAUAUGUUAUCAUGGGGAUAAACACCACCUACGCCAUCGCUUUAAUCGGAUCACAACUCCAGGAAGUGAGAGGGUGUUACUGGAACCAAGACGUAAAAGCAAGAAGGUUGGAAUACGUGGAAUAUUUCCAGGAGCACGAGUUGUACGUGGCGUAGACUGGCAAUGGGAAGAUCAGGAUGGAGGCAAUGGCAGACGAGGAAAAGUAAAUGAAAUACAAGAUUGGUCAGCAGCUAGUCCUCGCUCUGCAGCCUAUGUUAUUUGGGACAAUGGUGCAAAAAAUUUGUACCGUGUCGGAUUUGAGGGAAUGGCUGACCUUAAAGUUGUAAAUGAUGCAAAAGGGCAAACAGUGUACAGAGACCAUUUGCCACUGCUGGGAGAACAAGGUCCAGGACGUACUGGACCACAUGGUCUGCAAAUUGGUGAUCAGGUAAAUGUUGACUUGGAGUUGGAAAUUGUCCAGUCAUUGCAGCAUGGGCAUGGAGGCUGGACGGAUGGAAUGUUUGAGUGUCUCGGCACAACUGGAACAGUUGUUGGUAUAGAUGAAGAUCAUGAUAUUGUAGUAUCCUAUCCAAGUGGCAACAGAUGGACAUUUAAUCCAGCAGUUCUUACUAAAGUGUCUACAUCAGUUCCAAGUUUAGGAACAAAUGAAACCCAUCAACAGUUCACUGUAGGUGAUCUUGUUCAGAUUUGUAGUGACCUUGAAAGAAUCAAGAUAUUGCAACGUGGCCAUGGAGAAUGGGCAGAGGCAAUGGCUCCGACUCUGGGAAAAAUUGGUAGAGUGCAGCAGAUAUAUCAUGACAAUGAUCUGAAAGUUGAAGUUUGUGGCACCUCAUGGACAUAUAAUCCAGUUGCUGUCACAAAAGUGGCAUCUUCAGAUGGCAGUAUUCCAGGAACAUCUAGUGGAGAGAGGCUGAGUGCACUGCUUAAAAAGUUAUUUGAAACACAUGUUUCUGGAGAUGUGACAGAAGAGCUUGUCAAAACAGCAGCAAAUGGAGAUGCACAGAAGUGUGAAGAUUCCCUUAAGAGACCUGAUGCAGAUGUAAAUGGUGUAUUUGGAGGUCAUACAGCUCUGCAGGCUGCAAGCCAGAAUGGCCAUUUAGAAGUAAUCAAAAUCUUGCUACGACAUAAGGCUGAUGUGGAAAUAGAGGAUAAAGAUGGUGACAGAGCAGUGCAUCAUGCAGCUUUUGGCGACGAACCAGGUGUAAUGGAACUCCUUGCUCAUGCUGGUGCAGAUUUGAAUGCUCGAAAUAAGAGGCGCCAGACUGCUCUACAUAUUGCUGUGAACAAAGGUCAUGUUGGAGUAGUAAAAACACUUCUAGAGCUCGGAUGUCAUCCCAGCUUACAGGACUCGGAAGGCGAUACGCCCCUACACGACGCUAUAUCGAAGAAGCGCGACGACAUGCUGACGCUGCUGCUGGACCACAACGCCGACAUCAUGCUCACCAACAACAACGGCUUCAACGCCCUGCACCACGCUGCUCUCCGCGGGAAUCCAAGGCGCGGAGGCUGCCCUCAUGUUGCUACGGUGUUGCAUCCAGUGUACUAGAAGGGUUGAAGUUUG